AUGAUCUCGCAACUAAUUGACGGUCAGCAGAACCAAUGGGAUGAGUUGCUUGCAGAGAUCACCUUAGCUAUAAAUUCCAGCGUCUUCGAGUCCACCGGCUACAGUCCCGCCUUCCUAGUACAAGGUAGGCAGCCACGACUUCCCGGAGGAUUAUACGACGAGGUGACACCAGAGGACCCUGGCGAACUAGAAGACCACGGCAAUAAGGCAAAAAGACUGCAGGAGAUAUUUACGAUCGUACGAGGGGACCUGGACCAGGCGAGCCAUGACCAGAGUCGACACUACAAUCUACGCCGGAGGCAAUGGCGACCCACUCUGGGCGGAAAGGUGCUUUUGCGGCAACACCAUCUCUCCAAUGCUGCCGAUGGUUUCGCAGCAAAUCUAGCUCCGAAAUUCGACGGUCCGUACGUGGUAAAGAAGUUCAUAGCAGCAAACAUCGUCCGCCUGUAA